AUGGACAGUAUUUCUCUAGAUGACCACAACCGUGUGAUUCUCUCUGACUUUGGCGCUUCCAGCCCUAUUGGUGCGCCAAAUGAUGUUUCUCCGAUAAAUGGCCCUUCGCCGACGUUAUCUGAGAAAACAGAUAUAUUCGCCAUGGGGUCGUUGAUAUAUCAAAUGGAACAUGGCGUCAAUCCUGAACUGUCUGUGGACAGCCAUGGUACGUUAGUCUUGCCGAGUAUACACACCGGCCGGCCUAUGCUUGAUAGUAUUAUUCGAGAUGCCUGGCUGGAGGGUUAUGGACGUACUGUGGAGAUGUUGCAGCGAAUUGAGGCUAUUGAUACUAUCGGUGAUGGUGAUUUUGCUCAGGGUCUUCAAGGUCAAUGUACUAUCUCAACAAGAGAACUGAGAAGUCGUGUGCGGGAAUGGAGGGAGGGUCGUGAGGAUAGAUUUGGCAGUGUUCUCGAUGGUGUACUCUCCGAAGACCAUUUACAGAGCCUAGCUGACCGGUAUGGAUUGGAUAGAGGUGCAGGGUUACGCUUUUGA